GCCGUCGCCGCGGCGCAGCGGAGCACUCGCCGCCGUCGCCAUGGGGUCCCCCGCCGUCUUCACCGUGCCGACCAGUGCGCUGCAGCCGCCUUUCUUGAGCAACCCCUUCGGACCAGCUGGGCCCCUGUGGUGGACGGUGGUGCUGGCCCAGCUGCCCACCGAGACGACCACGACGGCCAAGCCCCCCGCCGGCCCCUCCGUGGUGGUGCUGCCGUACCCGCUGCCGCCGUACGGUGGUGGCUACCCGCCGGCCCCCGUGCCGCCCUACGGCUCCUGCAACAUCAACUGCCCGGCCGUCUGGGAGCCCCUGUGCUCCGUCAACGGCGCGGGGCUCAUGUACAACUUUGCCAACCUGUGCGCCCUCAACGCGCAGAACUGCGUGAGCGGGUCUGAUUUCCGUUUUCUGUACCCGGGCAUAUGCAGGCUGAAGCGGUGAUCGGAGGGUGAGCGGUGUGAAGCGGAACCAUGUCGAAACCACUGAACGCAUGUUUUAUUGUAAAAUAUGAAAAUUGUUCCCAAGCUG